UCAGCUAAGCAUAGGACAAGGUACAAGCAGCAGGCGCCUUUCCUGCGCUUAUAAAAAGCCUUUCCUUUUCAAAGAGCACCUUUACUCUUUCCUAAGCUGCUUGGGAUCACAGAUCUCUUGUGCUGUGGUCAUGGCACUCUGGGCGUCCGUGUUGAUAGUCCUGGUGGCCAUCGUCCUGAUAGGGCUGUACAAAUUAGGGGCCUUGCGGCAGAGGAAGGCCAGAGAGCCCCCGCUAGACAAGGGCCCCAUCCCCUGGCUGGGCUAUAGCAAGGAAUUCUCUAAGGAUGCUUCCAUUUUCUUGAAGAAGAUGCAAGAGCGCCAUGGGGACAUCUUCACGGUUCAGCUUUGUGGUCGAUAUGUCACCUUUGUCACAGACCCCUUCACUUAUGAUGCCAUCCUGAAGGAGAGCAAAGACAAGCUGGGCUUUUCCAAAUUGGUUUCUGAGAAAGUGAUCAAAAUCUUUGAUAUCCAAUACGAGGAAGGCCAUCAGAAGAUAUCGAGUAAUAUCCACACAAAGCACCUGUCGGCUAGUAGUCUGGUUGUUAUCACCCAGGCUGUGAUGGAUAACCUACAGACCCUGUUGCUAGAACCUGAUGGUGGUAUAAGACCAGCAAGCCAGGAGUGGAAGCAGGAUGGGCUACUUGAAUAUUGCUACAGCGUUAUCUUUCGAGCUGGUUACCUGGCUUUGUUUGGGAGCUUCCCCACUAGUGGCAAGACAGGACGCAUUCAGGACCUCCUCCACUCCCAGAAAGUCUUUCAGGAGUUUAGGAAAUUUGACAGACUCUUUCCUCGGGCAUUUUAUUCCAUACUUCAUCCCAAGGAGAAGCAAGAAAUGAAGAGGCUCAGACACUUUUUCUGGGACAUUCUCUCUUCACAACAGAUCCUGGAGAAAGAUAAUGUGAGUUCAUGGAUCCAUUCCAUUCAGCAAGAGAUGAUUGAAAAUGGAGUGUCUGACAAAGGACAGAGUCAAAAUAACCUGGUACUGCUCUGGGCUUCCCAAGGCAGCACAACUGGUGUCAAUUUCUGGACUCUCUUCUUCCUUCUGAAGAAUCCCGAGGCUCUGAAGGCUGUGAGAGAGGAGGCAGAAGGAAUCCUCAGGAAAAUGGGGAAGGAGAAGAGACCAGGUGGGGUGCCCAUCAAUUUUGAUUAUAAUAUGCUGAAACAGACCCCAGUGCUGGAUAGUGUCAUGGAGGAGACAUUACGCCUGGUGGUUGCCCCUUUCCUGGCCAGAUCUGUCAUGCAGGAUAUGACCUUGAAAAUGGAUGAUGGCAGAGAGUAUGCCCUCCGCAAGGGAGAUGAAGUUUGCGUCUUCCCCUACCUUUUCCUCCAUAUGGACCCAGAAAUCCACUCAGACCCCACCACAUUCAAAUAUGAUCGUUUCCUGACCCUCGAUGGCAGUCAAAAGGUAGUUUUCUACAAGCAAGGGAGGAGGAUCAAAUCUCACAUGUUGCCAUGGGGUGCUGGCACCACCCUCUGUCCUGGGAGGUUCUUGGCCCUCAAUCAGAUUAAAAUGUUUAUCUUCUUGAUGGUUACACAAUAUGAUAUGGAGUUAGUUGAUCAAGAGGCGGGGAUCCCUCCAAUAAACGUGAAGCGAUGGGGAAUGGGUCCCCUACAGCCAAUGUAUGAUGUCCAAUUCCGGUAUCGGUUGCGCUUCUAAAUUGAUGGUGAAAAUUUUUGCACAACCUUAGGGAUGCAGUGGGGAAGUCAUCACUUCCUCUUUCUAAUCAUCCACUCAUUCCCCAGUAUUUUCUCUCCUAUAACAAGGCUAUUGUUCUCAUCACUUUUUGAAGUUGCUCACCAAGUAACUUUUUGAUCAUUUGGUGGGAAUCAGUGCAUUUUUUUUUUUGGUGGUAGUAAAAGAAAACAACAACCCUUAUCUGAAAAGGAAAAGACUGUGAAACAAAUGUCUGAGAUAAUUUUAUUUAUUAUAAGGCCAGUGAUUACCAUAAACCAAAGAUCACUGAUUCAAAGACAGAUAGAGACAAGUAGAUGAUUCACAAACCUUAUUUUAUAGUACAGAAAGAAGAAAUACAUUUUUGGAUUUUGUUAGUGUUCAAAAAUACAGGGAAUUAUGACAAAAUAUGGUCGAUUUUACAAGAGAUGAGAAACAGGUGCUUUGUAAUAUGCAAUAGCUGGGUGUAACAAGGGUGGAAUGGGGAGUGUCUAAGGUGGGACAGCUACUGAAUUUAAUAUUCUAUUGAAUUAGAUAGACCUAAUGUCUGUCAUUUCAUAGCCUACUGCUGAAAGUAUGUUUUGACAAACUUUUCUAAAGCUGGAACUUUGGUGUCGCAAGAAUUUUCUGUUAUUUUAUGAAUAGCAGGCAGGGUUGUGGUUUAGGAUUACAGAAGCUGUUGUGUUCGCCAAUUCCCUUUCAAGGAUUUCAAGGACGAGAAUGAAAACUUAUGAUUUCUAAAUCUAAUGAUUUUUCUUAUUUUUAAAAUGUAUUUCUUAUAGUAAAGCUUACUAUUACCCUAUCGUUGAAUGAUGAUACAUUUAUAAUCCAGAUCAGGGGGUGGGGGUUGGGGGGAGCAAUUUGAAUCUUACAAUUUCAGAAAAUGUAUGUUGAAGAUUGUUAUUAAACCUAAUUGGGAAAAUAAAAUAUUAUUGAGUAAAAAAAUUA